AUGAAAUCUCGGCGAAAUAAACCACGCCUUCUACUAGCUCUCUACGCACGACCCAAGCACCCUGAAAACUAUCACUACGCUCUACUAAUCGUCCCUAAGAUCACAGCAGCGCAGAACACGAAGCCUCUCCCGGGAACCAAACACCACGUCAAGAAUACAAUCGAAAAUAUCAACGACCGGAUCUCCCAGCCCUGGCGCUUUGAGCGUGCCGUAAUAGAGGAUAUUAACCUGGAACCGCGGUUGCUGGUUUGUGUUGUGAUUGGGAAAGUUCUCUCGCUGGAGAAUGUAGAGAGGGUAUUUGGUGACACGCCCAUCUACCAGGUUGAGGAUCCUGAUCAGGAGAAAGCGUUGGCUUUCGAUUGUCGCUCGUGGGUGGUAGAUGCUGUGGAAAGGCUCCGGAAGUCCGAUGGGGUUUCUUCGCUACUUGAUUGGGGAAUGCUGGAGAGGAGGGCUGUGGAGUAUGUGGAGGAGAAGAAGAGAAUGGGGAGAUGGAACGCUGGCCAAGAUGCAAGUCCGAAGUUACGAAUUCCGAUCAUGGACUUGAUCACAGGGGCGGAGAUUUCAACUUAA